UCCACUCCAAUUGCACAUUCUUUGUGCCAAAAAUCAGCACCACCCCAAGAUGAAACCACCCAAUCCAAAGCCAAAAUCAGUAUCCCCCUUCAGACUCGCCUCUCUUCUUCGUCUCCAACAAGACCCAAACCUCGCACUCCACCUUUUCCAAAACCCAAAUCCAAACCCACCAUCACCCACCAAACCCUUCCGCCACUCACUCCGCUGCUACGACCUCAUCAUCACCAAACUCGGCCGCGCCAAAAUGUUCCACGAAAUGGAAUCCAUCCUCCUCCAGCUCAAAACCCAGACAAAAUUCUCCCCUAAAGAGCCUCUCUUUUGCCACAUUUUCACUUUCUAUGGCCGCGCCGGCCUCUCCGGUAAUGCACGCAAACUGUUCGACGAAAUGCCUCAAUACCGCUGCGAACGGACUAUCAAAUCUUUUAAUACUAUGUUAAACGUGUUGAUGAAUUGCAAAGAAUUUGAUGCCAUGAGAGACCAUUUUGGGAGCAUUGAGAGGCCGGAUAGUUGUAGUUUUAAUAUAAUGAUUCGCGGGUUGUGUUCGGAUGGGCGAGCCGGUGAUGCACUGAAGGUGUUCGAUGAAAUGAAAAAGAGAGACCUUGUUCCUAAUAUGGUGACUUUUGGGAGUUUGAUUUAUGGGCUUUGUUUGGAUUUUAAGUUGAAGGAAGCUUUUAAAUUGAAGGAUUAUAUGGUGAAGGUACAUGGGGUGUGUCCUAAUGAGUAUGUUUAUGCUUCAUUGAUUAAAGGGGUUUGUGGAAUUGGUGAAAUUAGUUUAGCUUUUAGACUUAAAGAUGAAAUGGAGAGGAAUAAAGUUACGAUAGAUUCCGCCAUUUAUUCGACUUUGAUCAAUGGGUUAUUUAAAUUUGGAAGAAAAGAUGAGGCUUUAGGAGUUUUAGAGGAGAUGAAAUUGAAGGGGUGUAAGCCUGAUACAGUCACUUACAAUGUAUUGAUUAAUGGUUUUUGUAAAGGUAAGGAUUUCGAAACUGCUUAUAAAUUGUUGGAUGAAAUGUCGGAGAACGGAUUUAAGCCGGAUGUUAUCAGCUAUAAUGUGAUACUUGGUGAGUUAUGCAAGGAUGGGAAAUCAAGUGAAGCUAAUGAUUUGUUCGAAGAUAUGCCAAGACGUGGAUGUGCUCCUGAUGUUCUUUCAUAUCGAAUUCGUUUUGACGGACUUUGCGAUGCCUUGGAGUUUAAGGAAGCUGCAUUUAGUUUGGAUGAAAUGAUUUUUAAAGGUUUUACGCCGCGUUCUUCUAGUAUAUGUAAAUUUGUUAAUAAGUUAUGCCAGGAGAGGAAUAUGGAUUUAUUAUGGUCAGUUUUAAAUAGUUUGGUUAAAAUAAAUGCAAUUGAUAUAGAUCUGUGGAAGAUGGUAGUUGAUGUGGUAAUUAAGGAAAAUGCUGGAUGUAAAGAGCAUGAAUACUUCUUGGAAAAAUGCCUAAGAACACCUUAAAUGUUUUAAAGAGUUGUACUUUACGAGAAAAA